AUGUUUUCACAAAAGGAUAGUACAGCAAUCUUUGCGGCGGGCCGCCGCCCGGAAUCCGACCGCAUUCAGAUCCUCCCUUGCGAAAUUCGCGGGCCCGGGAGCAAUUGCUGUUGGCCAGAUCAGCAACCACAACCUGAAACGUUGACACGGAAGCUUACAACUCGCAGACCAGCGACAUCCACCUCGACACCAUCCGCUGAUACUACCGAUCCCACUCAAAUCCUUGCCAAACAGCGUCUCAACCGCCCCGUCGCCCCCCAUCUCUCCAUCUACAAACCCCAGAUCUCUUGGUAUCUCUCUGCUCUCAACCGUAUUACUGGCUGCACUGUCUCUGGUGGUCUGUACCUCUUCGCCACAGCUUACCUUGUUGCCCCUGCUGUUGGCUGGCAUCUGGAAUCCAUGUCACUUGCCGCUGCUUUUGGAGCCCUCCCUCUUGCAGCCAAGUUCGCAAUCAAGUUUGGUGUCGCCAUGCCCUUCACAUUCCACUGCAUGAAUGGUGUGAGACAUCUUGUCUGGGACUUUGGAAAGAAGAUGACCAACAAGGAUGUUAUUGCUACUGGCUGGACAGUGGUUGGGUUGAGCGUUGCUAGCUCCCUUGCUUUGGCCUUGAUUUGA